UUCUGAUCAAUGAACUUGUUUGCGGCGCACAGGACAUCAGCCGAGGAAUUGCUAACAAAGGGCCUCGGCAACAUCAAAUCAUUUUCGAACAGACUGCCAUCUCACUUAUCUCAAGUCCACCGAGGCGAGGGAUGGCCUUUGGUAGGUGGAAGACGGCUUGAGGGCAAACAGCGAUGGACGAAACGCUGACAAUUCUCGCGCAGUACUUCCCUGAGCGUUUUUUCUGAUCAGUGAAACUGUUUGAGGCACGCAGGACAUCAGCCGAGGAACUGCUAACAGAGGGCCUCGGCAAAAUCAUAGCAUCUUCCAGCAUCCAAAACUGCCAUCACUCAAGCAGUGUAUUGCACUCGCUAUUUAAAAUGAAUCCACGUUGCGUGAGUUGUCUCACAGAAACUUGCAUUGUGGAGGGAAGAGGCAAGGAGGGAACAAACAAGAGGAGGAUUGGCAUUCUUGAACUUAGUCAAAACUGCCCUUGCUGUUUGCCAGUAAGCUCGAGGUGGGGUCGACGCGCGAGCUGGCAAGUGCCACGACCGUGACAGCGAGCCGGGUCCAGGACUGGAUCGAGCUUGCAACGCCAAGAUCUGAAGCGCGCGCGGCCGCGAAUUGCCGCUCGCAGGCACAGACAUCGAUCACGCGCUCAGACCACAAAAAACUGUGCCACAGAUUUCCCCCCCCCCAGGGAGGCCACUAGCAACGCACAAACUUUGGGUCAGCAUUCCAAUGGUUCCAAGACGGCUGGAGUCAAGGAGAAGGCGCCAAUCUCUCUCAGAGAGCCCAGGGAGACCCACGGGGCGCUCAGGGGAUUUAAUUUCGCGGGGCAUCCUACUGUACACGGGGGCACGGCGGGCUCUAGAGUAGCCUUCACAUGGGGUUCCUAGCCACGCAGCCUUCACCUUCUGACUAGUGAUCCACCCACGAAGCACAUGCCACACCUCAGGGAUAGGAAGAUUAGAACAAUCUCCAUGUGUUACGUCCCAUUCUAUCACGGUUUCACCUCGAGCUUACAAAUGUCGGCUGAGCUCGCCAACUCCCGACCGCGCGCGGCCAGAAGCGCGGCGCGAACAACUUCUUGCGGGCGAGCUCGAUGCCAGCCGCGCGCAGGCGCAGCUGGCACACGGGCCCGUCGCCGAGCUUCUGCAACUCCAGGCCGGCACUGCUGAGCUUCUCGCACGGGGCGACGCUCUCGGCGGUGCGCCACCUGCCCCGCCGCAGGUCGCCCGCCAAGGUUCCGGCGGCCAUGCUGCGGUCGCAGCCGGCGCCUCCACGGCGGAGGCAGCAGGGCAUGGCCCGCAACCCCGCGGCCCCAACAGCAGUCAAGGCUGUCCUGAAGCUUCUUCCGAGGACCACGUACACGAGCUCGCGCAGGCGCCCCCUGAAGCCGCGGAGCCGCGCCAGCGCCUCCGCGCCAUGCGCAAGCCAACGCUGCUUCAGCUAGCCCGACCGGACACUCAUGUCGCAGGCGAAGGUCUUAGACGGCACCAGCUUGACUUGGGCCCUGAUCACCGGACUUAACCAGCACGCCGUUCCAGAUUCGCCCUCCAGUGGUAGCCACUCCAUGGGGCCGACGGCUGUCGCGCCCCACGCCGCGCAAGUCCAGGCGAGGAGGCAGACCAAGCGCAGCCAGACCAGGGCGGCCUUGAAGAUUCCCAAAUAUACGCUCUGGGUCUUCACCUGCACCUUCUCUGCCACCGCGCGCGCGAGGCCGGGGCAAAGCUGCUGCCGCG